CAUAUUCUUCAUUGAUUGCUAAGUCAUUGUCUAUUUGGGGGUGACAAGUAAGGGUAUUUUUAUUUCUGAUAAAAAUUCUUGGAACUCAUGUUCAGUAAGUCUGUAAGUGGCAAGUGAUGAGGAAAUGCAAUAGCUGUUAGCUAUUGUAUUCCCUGUUUUAAAGGUUUAUUUUUUUGCUCAGUCUUUAGAAGCCUCCAGUGACUGAAGAGUAUAUUUCCCCACUAAAUUUAUAAUGUGAUUAUGACUUUCAUUUCCUUUUACUUUUCAGGUCACCAAGAGAAUAACAACUUCUGUUCUGUUAACAUAAAUAUUGGACCUGGAGACUGUGAGUGGUUUGUUGUACCUGAAGAUUACUGGGGUGUUCUGAAUGAUUUCUGUGAAAAAAAUAAUUUGAAUUUCCUAAUGAGUUCUUGGUGGCCCAACCUUGAAGAUCUUUAUGAAGCAAAUGUUCCUGUGUACAGGUUUAUUCAGCGACCUGGAGAUUUGGUCUGGAUAAAUGCUGGCACUGUGUAUUGGGUUCAGGCAAUGGGAUGGUGCAACAACAUUGCCUGGAAUGUUGGUCCACUUACAGCCUGCCAGUAUAAAUUGGCAGUGGAACGGUAUGAAUGGAAUAAACUUCAGAAGGUGAAAUCAUUAGUACCCAUGGUUCAUCUUUCCUGGAAUAUGGCACGAAAUAUCAAAGUCUCAGAUGCAAAACUUUUUGAAAUGAUAAAACCAUUUGGACAGUGCUUUGAGUUUCUCAGUCAAUAUACAUUGAAAAAAUACUUUAUUCCAAUUAUAGAAAUAGUUCCACAGUUACUAGAAAAUUUAACUGAUGAACUGAAAAAAGAAGCAAAAAAUGAAGUAAAAAAUGAUGCUCUUUCAAUGAUUAUUAAAUCUCUAAAGAAUUUAGCUUCAAGAAUUCCAGGACAAGAAAAAAACUGUAAAAAAUACAGAAGUUUUUAGAUUAAAAAUGAUACUCAGAUUGUUACAAAUUUCUUCUUUUAAUGGGAAGAUGAAUUCAUUGAAUGAAAUUAAUAAGGUGAUAUCUAGUGUAUCAUAUUAUACUCAUUGACAUGGUAAUUCUGAAGAGGCAGAGUGGCUGACAGGAAUGGAUACAGGAAAAGCAUAUCUUAUCCAUAGUCUUAAGAGGUAGUCUUCAUCAACCACAGUAUGUAGAAAAGCUAGAGAAAAUUCUUCGCUUUGUGAUUAAAGAAAAAGCUCUUACAAGGCAGGAUCUUGAUAAUAUCUGGGCAGCACAGUCAGGGAAACAUGAAGCCAUUGUGAAAAAUGUACAUGAUCUGCUUGCAAAGGUGGCUUGGGAUUUUUCUCAUGAACAUCUUGAUCAUCUUUUUGAUUGCUUUAAGACAAGCUGGAAAAAUGCAAGUAAAAAGCAACGUGAAAAUCUACUUAAGCUGAUAUGUCGUCUUGCAGAAGAUGAUAAAGAUGGUGUAAUGGCACACAAAGUGUUGAUUCUACUUUGGAAUCUGGCCCAUAGUGAUGAUAUACCUGUAGACAUCAUGGACCUAGCAUUCAGUGCCCACAUAAAAAUAUUAGAUUAUAGUUGUUCCCAGAUCAUGAAGAUUAUGACCCACAAACUGUAAGACUGGGAAGAAGAUACAGUCAUGUUCAAGAAGUCCAAGAAUGGCUUAACUUCCUUAGGUUUUUAUUGAAGGAUGUCAACUCUGGCUUUGUGCUCCUCAAGCAAAACAAAUAUGGAAGUGCUUAGCUGAGAAUGCAGUUUAUCUUAGUGAUCGUGAAGCCUGUUUUAAAUGGUAUUCCAAGUUAAUGGGAGAUGAACCAGACUUAGAUCCUGAUAUUAAUAAGGACUUUUUUGAAAAUUAUGUGCUUCAGCUUGAUCCUUCCUUGUUAACUGAAAAUGGAAUAAAGUAUUUUGAAAGAUUCUUCAAAGCUGUUAAUUGUCAAGAAGGAAAGCUAGUAGCAAAAAGAAGAGCCUAUAUGAUAGAUGAUUUGGAACUAAUAGGAUUAGACUACCUUUGGAGGGUUGUGAUUCAGAGUAAUGAUGAUAUUGCCAGCAGAGCUAUAGACCUUUUUAAAGAGAUAUACACAAACUUUGGCCCUAGGUUACAAGUCAGUCAGGUGGUUAUCCAUGAAGACUUCAUUCAGUCAUGUGUUGAUCGUUUGAAAGCCUCAUAUGAUACAUUGUAUAUUUUGGGUAGUGAUAAAAACAGUAUUAAUUCUGCACGACAAGAAGCCAUUCACAUGGUUCGUGUAUUAACUGUUUUACAAGAAUACAUAAAUGAAUGUGAUAAUGAUUAUCAUGAAGAAAGAAUGAUUCUACCUAUGUCAAGAGUGUUUCAUGGCAAACACCUGUCUCUUACAGUUCAGUUUCCAAGCCAAGGCAGACAAGUUGAUGACUUGGACAUAUUGUCUCAUACAGAUGACACAGUUGGUUCUGUACGACAGUGUAUCUUUAACCAUAUUAAAGCCAGAGUAGGCCAUACAAAAAUUGAACUGUUUGUAGGUGGUGAGUUAAUAGAUUCUGAAGAUGACAAAAAGCUAGUUGGACAACUAAACUUAAGAGAUAAGUCACUCAUCACAGCCAAAUUUACACAAACAAGUACCUUCAAGUCCUGAUAGUUCUUCUGAUUCUUCAACUGGAUCUCCUGGAAACCAUUGUAAUCAAUGUAGUGAUGGUCCCAACCAAGAAGUAGAGAGAUGUUUACCUGGAGUGGUGAGUAACAACUGUGUUCUUUGGGAACGUGAAGAAAUAGGUAUUUCUGAGGAGGAUAAUAGUUUCACAAAUGGAACCAAAUAUCUAGAACUAUACUGUUAACUGUUAGCUUCUGAUGAUAUUCUUUUAACUGAUGGAAUUAACAUAAUUUCAUUGUACUAUUAAGUAUAUAACUAGAGAUUAUUACUGUAUUAGUAGUCUUUCCUUUAGAAUUGUUUUAAAGAAAAAUAUAUUCUGUCUUUCUCAGGUUCUUAAUAAUUAUCUCUUAUGUGAAGAAAUAACUUAUACCUUUGUUGAUCUUUCUCUACCCCAUUCUCUUAAUAAUUAUUAUGUUGUCCGGCUGUAGUGGCUCAGGCCUACUACCUGUUAGGUGAGGAGCAGGGGAUCACAGUUUGAGGCCAACCUGGGCAAGAAGUUUGUGAGACCCCCAUCUCAGUCUCUAGCUGGGGAGGAUAUGGCCUCCAUUAUCCUGCAAUAGGAGGAUAUGGCCCACUUUGGCCAAUACUAAAGAAAGAUCAUAUCUGAAAAAUACAUGAAAUAAAAGGGUGGGAAGUAUGCCUGCCUACUAACAAGUGUGACUUCAACCUACAGGACCACCAACAAAUAAAAAUUUGUAAGUCUGCAGUUAUACCAGUUACAGCAAUGACAGAGAUUAGGUUCCUCAGACAAUUGGAUUUGAUUCCCAGAGGAGCCUUCUUUUAAAAGCAUCUUUGGAAUACCGUAUGAAACUAUCUGUAGUUUACAAAGAAAACUUUUUCCCUAGCCAUUUCAUACUCCAUUACUAUUUCAGAGAAAUGGUACUUGUAGCUAUUAUUUUAUUGCACAAACCAUUUUGUCUCUAAGCAAUAUGCUGAUAACUUAUUUUCUAUGUCAUUUAUAAGUGUGUGUAUAUUGAUUUAAGUUGGGGUUGAUGAAAAAGUAUUUUUACAAAUUUACACAUCCCUGCUCUCUGAUCAUCUCGUAAUUUUUUUUUCUUUUUUAGCAGUUCUGAGGUUUUGAACUCAGGGCUUCCACUUGCUAGGCAGGAGCUCUACUACUUGAGCCAUGACCUGAUCCCUUAUCAUUCACAUUUUUAAAACUCUGUGUGAAAAUAAUUGUAAUCUAGGUUUACUCACACCUAAUUAUAAUAGACUUUAAAGUUUCCCCUUUCAUUUGCUUAAUUUUCAUGGGAGUUAUUACUAAAUCCCCCAUAUUCCCACUAACUUCUUAAAAUAAUUUUUUAUAUGAUCAGAACUGUUUUAUCAUGGUUUCUUAGAGUAUUUCUUCUUCCUGCUCAUCUAUGUUUUUAAAAAAAAUAAUAGAAACUGAAUGUGGUGACUCAAGCCUGUAAUCCUAAUUACCCAGGAGGUAGAGAUCUGGUGGAUCAAAGUUUGAGGCCAGUCUAAAGGGAAAGAAGUUCUUGAGACCUCCAGCUCAGCUAGUGGUUGGAUGUGGUGGUGUGUGCCUGUCCCUUCAGCUAUACAGGAGUCACAAUUAGGAGAGUCAAGGUCAAGGACAGCCUAGAUAUCCAUCUCAAAAAUAACCAGUUCUAACACAGCUUAUGGAAUGGCUCAUGUGAUACAAUACCUGCCUAGCAAGCAUGUGUUCAGUGUUGAGUUCAACCAUGACUACUUUAAGAAAAAAAAAAGCUGGAUACAAGAAGCUUAUUCCUGUAAUCCUGGCUACUCAGAAGGCAGAGAUCAUAGGAUCUCAGUUCAAGGCCAGCUGUGGGCAAGGAUUUCGCAAGCCUAUCUCAAAAAUACCCAUCACAAAAAAGGGCCGGCGGAGUAGCUUAGAUGGUAGCUAA